UCUAGUUGGGCACACGUCGAACACAUCGAUCGACUAUGAGUUUGUUGCACAUUUCAUGUUAGCAGAGAAACCAGCUUUAUGAAUACGGAGCUUGUCCUAUGAAUUAUGUUUAGUAAUCAGGGCAUUCAGCAUGUUACGGUUGUUUUUAGCAACUCAAAGAACUGCUUUCUUCACCUUCCUUCGAGGUUGAUAUCACACCUUUCACUGAACGAGAACCAAGCGUUGGAGCUAUCCUGGGGCAAUGGCUGUCCUGUAUUCCUCAGCUGGACUCAAAACAGAACCUCAUCGGACCUGGACAGCCAUAAAGUGGAGCUGUGUAGACAGCUUGGAGAAAAGCUGGGUCUAAAAGAUGGAGAACAGGGAUUUCUGAGACCAUGUCAUCAGGUCUCAUCAGUGCAUCAAGUGUUUGUGGAGCCUCUGUCGUCUGAUGACUGGGAAAUCUUGGAGCUCCACAGUGCCGCUCUGGAGCAGCAGCUGUUGGAUCAGAUUAGAGUGGUUUUCCAAGACGCCGUGUUUCCUGUGUGGGUGGACAGCCACACAGCCAUCUACAUACGAAUAGGAUCGCUUUCUCCGUCUGUGCCUUACGGUCGCUUGGAGACGUUCACAGAACUUGUCGUCUCUCCCAAGAGCCGAGGUGGAACAGACAACCUCAGUGGCUCUCCAAUAAAAGCUGAACAGGAGCAGCAAUAUAUAGCUCAGUACCCCCCCUCAGGUCCAUCACUAGAGAGUAUCGCCACAGUCCCUCAGAGCCAGCAGUGGGGUGGAAUAGCCGAUAUGAAAAGCCUGCUAAGCUACCUAAUAAAGGGAACUCAAGACCGGGUGAAAGAGCUUCCACCUACACCAGAACUCCCUGUCCUUCUCACUGACUCUGUCUACAGAGUUUGCGGUUCACCCCCAGACUCUCUCUACACCAUAAGUCAAGUUGCAACAGGAGUUAUCCAUUUGUUUCCGUGGAGCCAGAGCUUGGACGCUGGGCCACCAGGAGGCCAGUCUCCUGUAACUUACGGCCUGAUCUCCAAAGUUCCCUCCCCCAAAGAAUCAAGAGACCGAGCCAAGCAGGCGAUGGAGAAAAAGAAAAAUGCAGCAGUUACUAAAGGAGCUGCAGAUGGAGAAGGGAAUAGGAAAGAAGAAGAAGCCAUGGUGGUCAGGGUAGUUUGCCAUGGUAUUGAGAAGCUAACAGGCAAGGACAGAAGUCUCAACAAAGGAGAGAUCCACAGUGGAAGAGUAUGGAUCCCACCGCCCCUGGCCAUCAGGUUGAAUAUCAUCCAACAUUCAACGGUCAGAAUUAAGCCAGUCAAAUCAACCAUCAAAGUGGCCUCCUCAAUUCGCCUACAGCCCCUCAACCCCCUGCCUGAGCAGGAGGACGAGGAGAUCCAGACGGCUUUCCUUGGUUGGCUGCACACUCAGAGUCAUGAACCUUUGGCCUGUCUGACUGCACGGUCUGGCAACAUCCUCCUACAUGGAACUGAUGCAAAGUUAGAGUUUGAAUUAACUGUGCUGAAACCAGAACCAGAGAGCGAGCCUCCUGACCAGCUCUUUUAUCUAGCACCCGCUGUUCUUCAGAAGCAAGAUAUACAGGUCGACAGAAAGGAGGCGACCAGGCCUGCUGUGAAAUCCUCUGAAGCACCCAAACCAGAGCUAUCCUUACUCAGUACUCUUGGUGGGAUUGAUGAGCUCAGCAGAAAGGGAUUCGAGUUCAUCUCACACAGCCUUCUGGGUAGUCCCCUCUCAAGAGAGCUUGGUACCUCUGGAAGAGGACUCAAAGGAGGAGCUCUGCUUAUCACCGGGGCUAAGGGAAGUGGAAAGAGUACUCUGUCCCAAGCCCUCUGUGGGAAAGCCAGAGCAGACCUGGAUACACAUGUGGAGGUGGUGAACUGCAAAAAACUUCAAGGCAAAAGGGCAGAAACAGUGAGACAUAUUUUGCAGGAUGUCUUUGAGCAGGCGGAGUGGAGGCAGCCUUCAGUUGUUCUACUUGACGACCUGGAUCACGUGACUGGAGCACCAACUUCACCAGAACACGAGCACGGUCCUGAAGCCCUGCUGCAGCUGCACAUAGCCCAGAGUCUGAGGGAUGUGGUGGAUGAGGUCCUGAUUCACUCCAGCCUGGUGUGUCUGAUCAUCACCAGCCAGAGCGAGCACUCCCUCCACCCCUCUCUGACUGAGGUGCAGGGGUCCCACUUCAUCCAGGGAUUUGUACACAUUCAGCCACCAGACCAGGCUCAGAGAGCAGAAAUCCUACGUCGUCUUAUAAUCGGGAAAAAAAGCCUAUCUGAAGAGAGCUUCCAGGCUCUGGACCUGGCAGCUGUUGCCAAGGACACAGAGGGAUACACACCCCAAGACUUGGUACUACUUUUGGAGCGGGCAGUUCAUGCCAGCACUGCACAAAGAGAACACAGUGACCAGGGCAUGUGUCUGUCUAUGAGGGACUUUGUGCAGGCACUCAAGGGAUUCACACCUCCCUCGCUGUGGGGUGCAGACCUCCACACCCCGAGUGGAGUGGGUCUUGAGAGAGUUGGGGGUCUGAGGGAGGUACGACAGCAACUGAUGGACACCAUACUGCUCCCUGCUAAGUAUCCCAUCCUGUUCUCAAGUCUUCCCAUCCGCCAUCGCUCUGGUAUUUUGCUGUACGGAGCUCCAGGUACAGGGAAGACCCUUCUGGCCAGAGCUGUGGCCAAAGACAGCGGUAUGAACUUCAUCAGCAUCAAGGGACCUGAACUUCUGAGUAAGUACAUCGGAGCUAGUGAGCAGGGAGUCCGCAAUGUCUUCCAGAGGGCACAAGCUGCCAAGCCGUGCAUCCUGUUCUUCGAUGAGUUUGACUCCCUGGCUCCGAGGAGAGGCCAUGACAGCACAGGCGUAACCGACCGGGUGGUCAACCAGCUCCUCACACAGCUAGACGGGGUGGAGGGUUUGCAAGGAGUGUAUGUGCUCGCAGCUACCAGCCGACCGGAUCUGAUUGACCCAGCUCUGCUUAGACCUGGACGGCUCGACAAGUCCCUCUAUUGCCCCCCUCCCGACCUGGAGUCCCGUGUGGAGAUCCUGAAGGCUCUGAGCGCUGGUGUCACCCUGGGUGCUGAUGUUGACCUGGAGCAGCUGGCAGCAGCGACAGAGCAGUUCACCGGGGCAGACCUGAAAGCUCUGCUCUAUAACGCCCAGCUGGAGGUUGUUCAUAACAGCCUGGGCUCCAACACACAGCAUGAGCUGACCUCUGGCUCAGAAAGCGACAUGAGUCUGUCCUCCAUGAUCUUCCCAAACAACAGCAGUGGCUCAGAUGACUCAGUGGGUGAGGUGGACCCAACAGGCGCAGGUCUGGACCAGUCCAUGGUUCUUCUGGAGUCCAGUGAACUCCAAACAGAAGGCGAACAAUACUGUGGCAACGUCUGGAGGCUUUACUUUGGAAGCUCCUAUGAGUCAGAGUCGGGGAAUUCUCCAUUUUUGGGACUGUGUCAGAACUCUCAGGGCGUCUCUGGAACAAACUCCACGACCCACGACUCUAGCAGACUUGGUGUUCGUGACCCUGGCAGCUCUGCUCCUCCUGCCUACAUGUCCUCGCUUCAGAGCGGGUAUGAAGAGCUUGCCCCGGAGCAGCUGGAACGCCUGCAACAAGACAUGAAAACUAUCAAGAACAACUACAGGAGGACCAACGAGGAGUCUGUCCGGGUGCAUUCAGCCUCCAGCCAGCCGGGCCUGCUGCUGUGUCAGGCUCACCUGAACUCGGCCCUGACUGUGACAAGACCGUCUCUUAGCAAAGCUGACUGGAUUAAAUACUCCAGACUGUAUGAAGCGUUUGGCGGUGAAGGAGAUGGGAAAUCUCUUCCCUCAGUCCCGUUUAAACCUGGGCAACGUGUGACUCUGGCUUGAUCAGACAAAUACGUUCGAAAUGUGCUAUUUUAAUGUCUUUAAAUCAUUGUCAUUAAUAAUGUUGAUUAUUUCUCAUUGGCAUUUAGCAUUCCAGAGAUUAAAAGACAAUGUGAAUGAAGAAUUGAAUGUCUAAAAGUUUUCUACUGAUUUAACCUUGAAUAGGAUAUUCAUUCACAAUUAAAUGGAAUUAUAAUACAUUGUAAUUACUGUACAUAUGUAUAAUGUAUAAAUGUAUUUUUUUUUUAAAUUAAAAAGCAAAUCUUUAUGAAGAAUGA